AUGAGUGGAUUUAGUUAUCCUCAACCUACAUUCAUUUCAUCGUGCUACAAUCCGGCAUUCUACAUCUCGCUCGAUCCGAGUGGAUACUUAACAUAUUCAUAUGCUCAAACGCUCUAUCUCGGACGAAGCGACUAUCGCCUAUCAUAUAUCACAGGAAUCACUCCAGGGAUUGCAACACCUGGUAUCUCACUUGUCGUUGCUUCUGAUGGAUCUCUUAGCGGGUUGGGGGCACUGAGUUGUUCAUCACUUACCGUAGGAGGAUCAUCAAUAGUAGCUCCUCCG